AUGAAAUUUCAUGCACGUAACCAACAAAGAGGAGCUUGGCUGACCCUCUUAAUCGCUAGUCUACUGCUUUUAACUUCGUUAACUCGGGCUCAGACAAAUUAUGCGUUAAAACCUCCACAAAUCCCUGGAAUACCACAGGAACCAAGUAAUAAUUCUUAUCCUAACCCAGAAUAUGCGAGGCUGCUAGCCUAUUCUUUAUAUUUUUACGAAGCGGAGAGAAGUGGAAAACUACCUGCAGAUAACAGAGUAUCAUGCGAUGGUCAAGAUGUCGGUCUCGAUUUAAAGUGGGGUAAAGGUUAUGAAUUAGCAAAUCAGACCCAAUAUUUGAGAGAUAUGGUAAAAUGGGGAACUGAUUGGUUAAUAAAUGCUAGUUCAAAUACGAGCAAUACAAGUUCAAAUAUAAGCAAUGCAAUAGACCAAUAUUUAUACGUGAUGAUUGGUGACAUUGAUUCAGAUCUUAACUAUUGGGGACCUGAUACAAAUAUCCCUACUUCACGUCCAUCACUAAAGGUUAACUCCUCUGCUCAUGGUACCGACGUUUCAGGCGAGACGGCUGCGGCAAUGGCUGCGUCGUCUUUACUAUUUCGUAAUCAGUUUAAUGAUUCUGAAUACGCCAAUACACUUUUAACAUACGCAAAAAGUUUAUAUUCUUUUGCCGAACAGACUCCUUUCACGCUAUAUCAGAAUUCGGUUCCCCAAGUUAAAAGUGCAUAUGCUUCGUCAAAUUUUUUUGACGAAUUGGUCUGGGGUGCCCUUUGGUUAUAUAGAGCGACAAAUGACACUAGCUAUCUUGACAAAGCCGUUAACUAUUUUAACACUAAUUCAUUGAGUGGUUCGAAGAAAGUGUUUAAUUGGGAUGAAAAGUCUGGUGCGUGCUAUGUGUUGUUUGCACAAUUGUUUCAACAAUCAGGUCAGGAUUCAAGUAGAUGGAAAUCUGAGACAGAACGAUAUUUGGAUGGUGUUGUAAAGCAAACUAGUGGUUGUACAUUAACCAAUGGCGGUCUUUAUUGGUGCGACGGAGACAGCAAUUCUGCAUCUUUAAACCCAUCUCUUGAUGCUGCUUUCCUGUGCUUAAUUUAUGCACCGAUUGCUUCUUCAUCUGAUAAGGCUCAAACAUAUGUAACGUUCGCUUUGUCACAGAUUGAUUAUGUUCUUGGUAAAAAUCCCAUGAACACGCCAUAUGUUGUUGGUGUUCAUCCAAAUUCACCACAGAAUCCCCAUCAUGCUGGUGCACAUGGUGGAACUGAUGUAUCUAAUUUGAAUAAUCCUCCUCAAACCCAGCAUGUUUUAUAUGGUGCACUUGUGGGUGGCCCAGAUAAGAAUGAUCGAUUUAGUGAUUCAAGAUCUGAUUAUGCUCAAACGGAGGUUGCACUGGAUUAUAAUGCACCAUUUCAAAGUUUAAUGGCGUAUCAAAUGAUCAAUUCCCGCAGUGAUCCAUAUUAUGUUAAUGUUCCUCCUG